GAUGUUGCUAAGGGAGGAGUCGACCACAACAAAAUGAGUCUGCAUCGUGCUAGUGGGGAAGAGGAACUAUUAAAACAUAGACGGAGGUCAAGUGACAGAUCACGAGAUUCAUCUCAUGAGCGAGCAGAGUCUCAGCUUACUCCUUGUAUUCGACAUGUGACUUCACCAACACUACAGCACCAUGUUGAACCAGAGAAAGAUCAUAAUCCGUCUUGUCCAAGCAGUCCUCGUCCUCAAAGAGCGUCUCCAAAUGGCUCAAUGAGCAGUGCUGGGAACAGUAGUCAGUCAAUCUCAGAUGGUAGCUAUAAGACAUCUGGAGAGAUGACGAUUAUGUGUGAGAACGAAAAAGAAGGGGCUUGUAAUGUGAGACCAUCUGCGCGAGUAACGCUGAUAGUGGAUAACACCAGAUUUGUUGUGGACCCGUCCAUUUUUACUGCACAGCCAAAUACAAAGUUGGGCAGGAUGUUUGGAUCUGGCCAAGAACAUAAUUUCACAACGCCCAAUGAGAAUGGAGAAUACGAAGUAGCAGAAGGAAUUGGUUGUACUGUGUUUCGAGCUAUAUUGGAUUACUAUAAGACUGGAAUCAUCCGCUGUCCUGAGGGCAUAUCUGUUCCUGAGCUAAGAGAAGCAUGCAAUUACCUUUGUAUCUCUUUUGAAUACACUACAAUUAAAUGUAGAGAUCUCAGGGCGCUUUUGCAUGAGUUAUCAAAUGAUGGUGCUCGUAGACAAUUUGAAUUUUAUCUGGAAGAAAAGAUCCUCCCACUCAUGGUAGCAUGCGCUCGGAGUGGGGAACGAGAGUGCCAAAUAGUGGUGCUUACAGAUGACGAUGUAGUUGAUUGGGAUGAGGACUAUCCACCACAGAUGGGAGAAGAAUAUUCACAAAUUAUUUACAGCACGAAAUUAUAUAGAUUUUUCAAGUACAUUGAAAACAGAGAUGUGGCCAAAUCAGUUUUGAAGGAGAGGGGUCUUAAGAAGAUUAGAUUGGGAAUAGAAGGCUAUCCUACUUACAAAGAAAAAGUAAAGAAAAGACCAGGGGGGCGUCUAGAAGUAAUUUACAACUAUGUCCAAAGACCCUUUAUUCGAAUGUCCUGGGAGAAGGAAGAAGGCAAGAGUCGGCAUGUAGACUUUCAAUGUGUAAAGAGUAAAUCUAUCACCAACCUUGCAGCAGCUGCUGCAGACAUUCCCCAGGACCACCUGGUAGUCAUGCAGCCUACUCCACAGGUGGAUGAGCUAGAUAUCCUCUCCAGCCUCUUUACCUCAGGCAGUAAUGACCUCGAGCCUGAUGAACAGAAUCCAAUGCCUUGA